UUAUUACUCCGAAAUGAGUCGUUCAACGAACUGACUCCUAAUAACGACUCAUUCACUCUGAGUUGACUCACUAAAAAGAGUUGUUAAUCUCAUCGCUAGUAUAAUCACAUGGCCAGCUGCGUAACGCUUCGUAACGCCUGUCAUGGCGCCAUCGACCCUGCUUUCAAGUUCGUUGCCCAUGGCAACCGCCAGACUGUUGUUUAUCGACAACAUUGAAGUAGCAAAGCAUUCGACGAAAAGACACCUCCGUCUCAGUUACAACGCCAAAGACUGUUUUCAUCCACAUCAAUUCAUUCAUAAUCAUUCUUCGCUUUUAUUUGUUUCUCGAGCCAUGUCCGCCAACGAAAACGACCAGGAUAAUAAUCCUGAUGUGAUACUGGAGAAGCUGUUGCGAAAGGCACGCGCGAAAGAAACGCGCUGGGAUCGUAUCCGUCGCAAGCACCUGAACAAUCUGACCGUGACGUCCAAAACGGUGAAGAAGUUCAUCAACAUGGACUUUGUCGAUGAGAACCAAUUACGGUUGCUAAUGUCCGGUGAGUGUGCGGGUAGUGGAACGAAACCGAUGCUCGAUCCAUUGCUCGUGAUGGACAUUCGGCAUGAGAUGAUUCGCCGUAAGGAGGACAAGGUAUCUUCAGCUGGAGAAGCGCGCACCAAACCCUCCAUUGAUCCAGUCAAAGCGUACCAGCAGGAAAAUCUGGAAAACCACAACCGUUCGAUCGAGUUGACGCUAUGUGAGAAUGAGCUGAACAAGUUUCGCAAACAGAUCGAACAGAUGGGCAGUGCCGGACAGGGCAAGAAGACGCAAGUAAGCUCACAGAAGCGAAGUAUCUUGUACAUAAACAUUCCAAAAAUUGAUAAUGGAAUGAUUUACGAAAGUUUGGAGGAGUGUGAACGAUACACAACACACUUUUAUCAGAGUGCAAUCGAGGGAACUGAUCAGCUUUUCGAAGAGAUCAAGGAUGAACCGUUGGAAGUGUUGAACGAGACUGCUACGAUCGAAGAAAUUGUUGACCGUGAAGAGCAAGAGGUGCAAAAGGAUACCAUUGCGGAUGAGAACACAAAGGUGGAUUUGGUUGUCGAAUACCCCCUGAACGGAACGCAUCACGAACCGGAAGAAGAGCCUGCCGAACAGGAUGAGGAUAGCAAGAUCGUGCGGUUUGGAAACACCGAAGUGAUUACCUUUCCGGCCGACGAUUCUUCGUUUUCGCUUGGUUCCGAGUACGAUUUUGAUGAUAACGAUCUUUUCCUUGAGUCGCUCGAUUCAGACGUGGACGAGUUCGACGAGACGGAAUUCCAAUCUACGGAUAGCACUGCGGAACAUUCGGGUGUAAACGAGGAGCCCGGGACGGGCAUUAAGCGAGACUCAUUGCCAACCGAUAGCAGCGAAUGUCUCACAAUAUCCCGGCUCGAUACGUCCCAAAGUGGUUCGAAGGACGAUGAUACCAGUUCUGGCUUUGGCCGUCAAAAGCUGGCCUACAAUUACGAUGACGAAGAGUCAGAGCUGCUGGAGAUUGCACCGUCCGCGGAAAAGCUGUCCAAAAUCGAUCCGAUCGUGGUAAGAAAAUGUGACCUAAAGGAUUACAGUGAGCUGUGCGUUACGAACUACAAACCCGACCCGGACAGUAAGGAUGAUCGUGUGGAGCUGACCGAAGAAUCUCGCAAAGUGAUCAGUAACGCACUGAAGGAGGGCUAUCUGCAGAAUCACGAUCGUGCCGUGCUGAAGCAGUACUUCUUCAAAUGGUUGCAGUACACGAUCUUGGAGAAAAUUUCCAAAGGUGCCGGCGUUACAAGUACUCGCGAGCAGAAGCUAAAGCGUAUCAAUGACUUUAUCAGCAACAUCCGGCACAGCCGCAAGAAAGGUUCUAUGCGUAGUGGCAAACCUGCCGCGGACGUGGUCCAACCUGCCUCGGUUAAGAAGGAGUACGAGCAUCGGCUUAAGGUGCAGCAGGAUAUUAUUGAGCUGCAAAAGCUAAAGCUCGAGCGACAGGAACGUAUCAUUACGGAGCUGAAGUUGUCCAAGUUUUCCGAGGCGUCCAAAAUCUCCAAGAUGGAAAUACAAAGCGAACUGCUGAAGGCGGCCCGCACCGGACACGUGCGUUUGCGCGCGAAAGCUAAAUGCAUUCAGAUUGUGGGAAACAUUAAGGCGGACACCUCGGAGGAGGAUGAAAUGCGUAAGCUGCAGGCCCAGGGAUUGAUGAUACCGAAGUUUCUGGCCAAAAUGCAGCAGCGUGCGCUCGAGCGUAGCCAGCGCCACCAGGAGGCCAAAGAGCGCCGGAUGCGGUUGGAGAAAGAGCGCGAGAAUGCAAAGCAGGCGGCCGAAGAAGCGAAACGCCAGGAGGAUGAGGAUGCCCGGAAACGUCGCUAUCGGGAGAUGCGUGAAAAGCGCAAGUUGGAAAAGCUGCAAAAGAUUAUCCGCGAGCAGGAACGGCAGGCAUGGAUCGCAAACAAUCAGAUUGCGAAGGAGUUCCGAUUGCUGAAGUUGAAGCGAUUUGGAAUGCAUUCGUUCAAGCUGCUGCUGGGCAUACGGCACGAGAAUGAGCGGCGUUCGAUUGCGUACCGAAGACGAUACUACAAGCGCAAAUACUUCCGAAAAUGGUGGUCCCACACGAAUGCUCUCUGGGAGAGUAAGAAAGCACUGGCCGAUGGGUUGCAUGAGGUCAAACUUUACCGCUUGACUGUACGACACUGGAAAAUGUACAUGUAUGAACAACGCAGCAAGCUGCAGGUAGCGAUCGAUUGGUACGAAAUGCGGAUGAGUGAGAAGGUCAUUUCAAUAUGGAUCGGAAAGACGAAACAAUCGUUGAUGAUACUCCAGGGCAAGAUAUCCCACGCUGCUUCACACUACGAAUGGCAACUCAAGUGGAAAGUCUUCGAACGAUGGCAACGUUUGCACAUUAUUCUGCGCAUCGAGAAGGAAACGGAAAUGCGUCGCCAGCGUUGGCGCAUGAAAAUUUGGGAGCUGCUGCCGGACUACAAACCGAUCGAGGAGGAUAUGUAACGGAACCACCA